UUUAUUCUUAUGAACCAAUGGAAUCACCCAGUUGCAUAAACUCCCACUCAUACAAGUCUGGAGAAUCAUGACUGUUAACGAAGAGGGAGGGAGUAUCAUUAAUUUGCCAAAAUCUGUAGAGUACAAAAAGACCAAAGGGCAGCAUCUCAACAGUGUGACUAGCUGUUGAACAAUGGCAGGAAGUUGGUAUGCAGUUCAGUCUCUGGCACUUUGUGUUUGGUUCGGUGCUUUCUGUCAUGCUGUUCCAAAGUGGAGUAAUCUUCCCCAGAAUCCUCAAACUCUGAUGUUUCAGCAAACUGACCAGCGGUUUCAACAACCAGUUCAACAGCAAGCUAGUCAACAGUUUUCUCCGCAGUUUCAACAGUUAGUUCAACAGCAAGCUAGUCAACGGUUUCCUCAGCCAGUUCAACAAGCUAGUCAACCGUUUCCUCAAUCAGUUCAACAGCAAGGUAGUCAACCGUUUCCUCAGUCAGUUCAACAGCAAGCUAGUCAAUGGUUUCCUCAACCAGCUCAACAAGCUAGUCAACAGUUUCCUCAGCAGUUUCCUCAGUCAGUUCAACAGCAAGCUAGUCAACAGUUUCCUCAGCAGUUUCAGCCUAAGCAGCCAGUGGCACAGGCAGAGCCGCUUGACAAAUGUACUGUAUCUGAUUAUGAGCAGAUCCAAUGUGGACCACCUGGGAUCAGUGGUGCUGAGUGUGCAGCUAUCAACUGCUGCUUUAACGGACAGCAGUGUUACUAUGGGAAGGCAGUGACUGUCCAGUGUAUAAGAGAUGGUCAGUUUGUGGUAGUGGUGGCUAGAGAUGUUACGCUGCCUCGAUUGAGCCUGGAUUCAGUCCGUCUCCUGGGUGGAAAUGAUCCAGCUUGCAGUCCUGUGGGAUCCACACCUUUCUUUGCUAUAUAUCAGUUCCCUGUCACUGCAUGUGGCACAAGCAUGAUGGAGGACAGUGGAUAUGUGGUGUAUGAAAACAGAAUGACCUCCUCGUAUGAAGUGGGUAUGGGACCACUUGGUUCCAUCACAAGGGACAGCCAUUUUGAGCUUCUCUUCCAGUGUAGGUACUCUGGUACUUCUGUGGAAGCUCUGGUUGUGGAGGUCAACACUGUUCCUCCACCUCCACCAGUAGCUGCUCCUGGACCCCUCAGAGUGGAGCUUAGACUGGCAAAUGGUCAAUGUGUCACCAAAGGCUGUGCAGAAGGGGAUGAGGCGUACACGUCCUACUACAGUGAUGCUGAUUAUCCGGUCACAAAAGUCUUGCGGGAACCUGUGUAUGUUGAGGUGCACAUUUUGGAGAGGACCGACCCCAACAUUGUCUUGAUGCUGGGACAUUGCUGGGUGACAUCAACCCCUAGUCCACUCAGUCUACCCCAGUGGGACCUUCUGGUUGAUGGAUGCCCUUACCAGGAUGAUCGUUACCUGACCACAUUGGUUCCCGUGGCUGGAUCAUCUGGUCUUCAGUUUCCAACCCACUACAAGCGCUUUGUUGUGAAGAUGUUCACAUUUGUAGAUCCAGCAUCACUGGCUCCUCUGCAGGAAACGGUCUUCAUCCAUUGCAGUACAGAGGUGUGCCAUCCCUCUUCUGGCUCUUGUCAGCAAAGUUGCUCCAGGCAAAGUCAGUGCUUCCUGUUAUUUAAACUGUUUAAUUUAGCUUGUGUUUUAAAAGUUGUGGGAGUGUUAAAUUCUGGGUCCGGACGGACAUGUUCGGGUGUGGAUGCCGAGCUGAUGCGUCUCCUGGUGAAGGCCGUCGACCGCCUCGGCCUCGAGUGGUCACCGUCCAAGGAGCCCGCGCUUAACCGCCUGGACGGCUGUUUUCUUCAGCGCCGCCAUCAGCCACCGGCUUCAAGGCCUGCUCCUUUUCUGCCGGAGCUCCACGCUGAACUCUCUAAAUCAGGGAAUGCACCUUUCUCCGCGAGGCUCUACACCAGUGUCUCCGCGACGCUUUCCCGCGUGGACGGUGCCGCCGAGAAGGGGACCACAUCAGCUCUCGUCGGCCGUGCCUUCGCCGCCAGACAGGCUGCUUCCGCCCUGCACUCUAUGGCCAUUCUGCAGAUCCUGCAAGCCGACCUCCUCCGCGAAUGGGAAGAGAAAGGCUCGGGUCCAGCUGCGAUCGCUGAUCUAAGGAGCGCGACGGACCUUUCCCUCCGCGCCACAAAGGCCGCAGCUCAGGUCAUCGGCAGAUCCAUGGCUGCGCUAACCGCCACAGAGAGGCACCUCUGGUUGACGCUCGCAGACAUGAGGGAGUCUGAGCAUGCCACUUUCCUCAACGCGCCGCUCUCCCCCACCGGUCUCUUCGGCCCAGCUGUCAACGGCAUCGUGGAUCGCUUCUCCGAAGUACAGAAGACCUCGCAGGCCAUGAAUUUGUUUCUGCCACGACGCUCUAGCUCAGCCACAGGCCGCUCACGUGACAAGCCGCCUGCUAGAAGCUCCACUCAGCGUCCAGCCAAGCCUGCCGCCUCGCAGCGUCGACAGGGCGGCCGCCUUAGAUCGCGCUCGGACAGCCGCCACAGGCCGCCUCCCCCGCGGGGACCCCGGCCGAGGAUUGUGUUGAAACCCGAGCAAGCAAAGCCCUCCUAA